UCAUAUGAAGGUAAAACUACCCAUAAAAUAAACAUCUCUAAUCUGUGCCAUUAAAUUUGUCGGAGAGAGUCGAGGUGUUUAUCCGGUCAACGCCAGCUCCGACCUUUCUCAACAAACUCUAACUCUCUCUCUCUCUCUCUCUCUCUAAUUUCACUGUUUCAUCAUAUCCUUCCACGAGAUCGCUCGCCUCAGAUUCAAAGCUUCUUCUGAUUAGUUUCCGGUGAUCUCAGCCUCACUUCGAUCCCUGCAUGAGUUUGAUUACAAAAGGUUUCUAUUUUACUUCCAGAGUUUGCAUGAAUCAGCAGCUCCAACCUUAAAUUAAUUUGCGAGACUUUCCGUUUUAAAAUAAUCAAUCAGACACUUUACAAAGCAACGAUGCAGCAGGAAGAUCGAAUUGGAGGAGAUGAGUCAGAUCUAGAGUCUUUGACAAGCGCUUCUCUUAGAGACGCUCAUAGGUUCAGGGCUCAGUAUUCAGGCAUGGUGAGGCAAAGAGCUUAUAUAUUCGACGGUGAUGGCAAAUACUACAACAAAGAAUGGGAUCUCAAAGAAGGAACAGGCAAAGAGUUUUGUUGGUAUCAUGUUGAGUUGCCUAAAGGAAACCAGAAGCUCUCUCACUCCGCACAGCAUCUUAUAGACGCUCUCUGUCCUCCGUUGAAGCUCCAAGACAUUCUUUCUCUUGUUAGUAACGGACCCUUUUGCGGACAUGUUGAUGGGGCGCUUGUGUUUAGAGUUAACUCUCCUGGUCCUGCUUCAAGCAGCUUUACCUUCAAGAUUGCUGCUAGGAUCACUGAGAACUCUGUCAUUACUGUCUCUUUGGGACGUGUUCCUAGGCUAGGAUUCUCUCCUAUGGGUCAGUCUCUUCUCUCCGAAGUCCCUAGUGUGGAUUCUCCUUCCUACUAUCGCGGCGAGCAGAAGGAAAGAAGUGGGAUUGUGAUUGAGGAGCAUGUUCUUGAGUUCUUGCUGACCAUGAAUCACUCUGAGGAAGCUGAUAACCCUGUCCCAAGCUCUGUUUCGAAUCUUGUUGUUCAUAUUAUUGAUACACAUGUUGAUCAGCUUCAAGAUGUUGUCACUAAACUUGAGAUCGAAUUGGAUGCGGUGGAACUCGAGAUGGAUAGAGGUGGAUUUGCUAUGAAGAAACAGAUGCUGGAUGAUAGAAGGUUCCCGAAAUUGCAUCUCAACUUGCAGCGUCUUUUGCAGGUGAUUGCACAUGGAGAACAAGUGUUUCCAAGAGUGAAGGAAAAAUGUUCCUCGAAGCAUUGGUUUCUUGCAGAAGAUAUCAACUCUUUGGAGGAGUUGAUUGGGAGGUUGAGACGUUUAAAAGAGAAUGUAGGAUUCAUUGCGAACCGUGUGAAUGCAAUCCAAGCUGGUUUGGAUAGUUGGCAAGCUGAGCAAAUCAACCGAAAGCUCUAUUACCUCUCCUUUCUUUCCAUCAUAUUCCUUCCUCUAUCAAUCAUCACCGGAGUUUUUGGGAUGAACGUUGGAGGAGUUCCUUGGACGGGACAAAGCAAACCUGAGCUAGCUGAUGGAUUUAGAAACGUGAUGUACAUAUGUCUCAUAAUGCUGGUUGUAGUGUUGUCCUGCUUUGGUUUUCCAGCCUUAUAUAGUCGGAUUGCUUCUUGGUGGAGAAUGAGAGCUAUGAAUAGAAGUUGGUCUCUUAAUAGGAGAUCGUUCCAGAAGAGACCAAACAUAGUUCAAGAAAGAAGAGGAUAUCUUAGGCUCUAAAACCAUUAUAUGACUUCAAAGACUUGUAUUGAAAUCUUUCAUUUGCGUUUCUUUCACGUUUCUUCUUCAUUUGCAGAACAUACUACUUUUCAUCAGCUUCUUGUACUUUGUACUUCUUACAGAUUUUUUUUUACUUCGCAUAUUGUUCUGCUGUUUAGAUCUUGAGUUAACUACAAUGUACAGCUACUAUUCUUUUAAUU